AUGCUGCAGAGAAUCUCCAUGUUCCAAAAGUUCGAAUAUUUUGAAGAUAUUAGAAGGACAAGAAAAUCAACAGCGUUGCUGCCACCAGUCUCGUGUGGCCUGUGUGCAAUGGAGGUCGAGUCUUUAAAUUUUUCGGUGACGACUUUCUGCAAAGAAGAAACGAUUUUUGUAGGCUUCAAAGAAUACGAAUUACCUGUCCAUCUUCACCAAGUAUUUGCGAUUUCGGGGCUUCAAAGAAUACGGAUUGCCGCUUCACUACCUCUUUCUUACCCAAUAACAAAAUCCGCUUGCUACAAAAGACCUGACGGACCCGACAGUGGAGCUUGUGUCCGACGUGUCUGUAACAACGGUGGCGAGGCUACCAUAACUCCUGUCGUAUACCUUGAUUUGAAAAAAGAAGGUUUGAGAGAGAAAGCAGAUCACGUGUUGGAUAAAAUGCCCGACUCAAGUUUUUUUUUUUAAAGAGGAGGGGAUUAGGAGAGCGAAUGUGUUGUAAGAUGCUCCCAAAUAUGCAAGUAAGGUUAGGUAGAUGUAGCCAGAGUCCCCCUAUGUUGUUGUGUGGUGAGGGGAACAAAAAAAUAGGACAUGGCGGUGGUGGUGAACACUGGAGAGAAUUGUAAGGUCUCCAUGUCAGUUCAAGAUUCCUACAGGCAUAAAAUAGCCCCCUUAAUGGUGGGAUGCAGGAGAGAGGGUAUAGAAUUUCAGAAUACCCACUUUUUGACCUGAAACAAAAUGGCAUCUUCUCCGUUUCUGUUGUAACACCACUUUUUGACCUGAUCCAUGUUAUUCCACGAAUAUGUAAAACAAUAAUAAUAAUAAUAAUAACGACAAACAAUUAUUUAUAGGGG